AGAGAAUCGAAUUGCUUAAAUUAAUUUUGGAAUUAAUUUCUACAGAUAUACCCCUAUACACGACAACUCACAUAAAAUUUUCAAAUCCAUAUUCGACAUACGCAUCGAUGCCAUGCCCAAACAUUGUCCUACAAAUCAUCAACCCAACUCAUGUUCCGAAGCCACUGAAUGCACCCGUUCUUCGGGCAUCUACAAUAUAACCGAUACACGCUAUAGCAAUCAGACAUUUACUGUUUACUGUGAUUACGACAGUUAUGAUGGUGAUUGGUUGUAUAUUUUAAAGCGUCAAGAUGGCAGCGAGACUUUUGCCCGACCAUGGAACGAUUACGUAAAAGGUUUUGGUAAUGUGGCCGGUGAACACUGGCUAGGUUUGGAGAAUCUUUAUGCCCUAACAAACUUCUAUGGGCCACAGGAAUUAAAUGUUUAUAUUGAAAAUUUUGAAGGUACAAAAAAAUUUGCUCGUUAUGACAAUUUCGCUAUAGGCAAUGCUACUAUGCAAUACAAAUUAAAGACACUAGGCCGUUAUUGGGGUACAGCUGGUGAUAGUAUGCAUACAAUUCUAGGCAGCAAAUUCAGUACAUAUAACGAGGAUAAUCACAUAUCGUCUCGCAGUUGUGCUAUGUUACAUGGUUUUGGCGGAUUUUGGUUUAAAAAUUGUACUGAUGCAAAUCCCACUGGCAGGUAUCAGCAUGAUAAAUAUUCUGAGUUCGAAGGUUGUUUUUGGAAAACUUUCGGUGGUGUAAAAUAUUCACAUAAAACAAUUAUAUUUAUGGUACGUCGUAAAAAGCCUGGAAACUGAAUUAAUAUUUUUUUAUUAUGUAUUUACAACGUUCAAGCUCUUUUUAAAAAUAAAUAAUAAAAAUAUGAAAAAAAACAA